AUGGAGAAGAGUGAGGAACUUGUUUCUAUUGAGCUUCCAGCUCCUGCUUCUUGGAAGAAACUGUUCAAUCCGAGACGGGCAGGUACACCAAGAAAGACUGAGAUUGUCUACAUUGCACCUACUGGUGAAGAGAUCAGUUCGCGCAAACAGUUGGAGCAGUAUCUCAAGGCCCAUCCCGGUAAUCCCGCCAUCUCUGAGUUUGAUUGGACAACAGGGGAAACACCGAGGAGGUCGGCAAGGAUCAGCGGGAAAGCAAAGGCAACUACUCCGACACCGGAGAAGGAACCAAUGAAGAAGAAGAGAAGAUCUUCUCUGACAAAGAAGGAUAACAAAGAGAGCGAAAAGGAAGCUCAAACAGAGAACAAGGAUGUUGUCAAGGAUGGAGAAACCGAAAUGAACGAGGCUGAGAAAGAGAACCAGGUGGGAGAUGGUGAAAAGGUUUCACAAGCAGAAGGUAAAGAUGCUGCUAAAGUUGCAGAAACUGAAACGGAUGAGGCCGAGAAAGGGACUAAAGAGGGAGAUGGUGAAAAGGAAGCUCAAGCAGAAAACAAGGAUGUUGUGAAGGACACAGAAACUGAAAUUGAUGAGGCUGAGAAAGAGAUUAAUGAGGGACAUGGUGAAAAGGUCGCACAAACAGAAAACAUUGAUUGUGUGAAGGAUGCAGAAACUGAAAUGCAUGAAGCUGAUAAAGAGAUUAAGGAGGGAGAUGGUGAAAAGGUCACACAAACAGAAAACAAUGAUUCUGUGAAGGAUGCAGAUAUUCAAAUGCAAGAAGCUGAGAAAGAGAUUAAGGAGGGAGAUGGUGAAAAUGUCCCACAAACACAAGAGUCUGACGCUGAGAAAGGGACCAAAGAAGGAGAACCAGCAACAGAUGUAAGAGAGAGUGAAAAGGACACCAUAGAAAGAGUUGAUACCGAGAAAGAAAAGGGUGGACUUGAGGAGAACAAGACUGAGAAUGGAGGAAGAAGUGAAGGUCCUCUGAAAGAUAGCCUCAUGGACACAGAGAAAGAGAAGCCGGAAGAUGCUGCUGAGGUUGGGAGAGAGAAGCCUGGAGAGGAAAAGAAUGAGAGUAACAACACAGGUGAUAAUACAGAAGAAGGUAAUCAAGAGCAGAAAGUGACUUUGGAUGAAGCAAAGACAAAAGGAAAGAAUGAGACCCAAGAAAGGAAUGAGAAGGCAGAAGAAGACACAGACAGGAACCGAAAGGAGAAUGAAGGUAUGCAUCAGCCGCAAGGUGCUGCAGCAGCUUCAGUAAACUGUUAA